GAUUUCACACUGGGCAUGCGUACAUAUCAGGGGGGUGGAUCUCGGAUUGGAGGGGCGUUACUAACUCUCAAGUUCAAAGCAAGCUUAGUUUGUUAUUCAAAGUUGAAUCUGUGGCAAGGAAAGAUUUGUAUCAUGACAACGAAAAAAUCUCCUCUCUGUCAUUAUUACAACCAAAUGCUGAGACUACAGGCUACAUCUUCAAAUUUUACUAAUCAAAGACAUUCACACACUAACAUCAAGAAUCUGAUUAAGUACAUAGCACUAGCAAUAGCCCUAUGUCUUCUAGGCUCAUCGCCCCUCGGCUGUAAUUCACAAUGCACAGAAACAACAGGAUGUUUUCCUCCAGUAGGCAACCUUGCAAUAGGCAGAACAGUUACCACAGAAUCAACAUGCACAAUGGGCUCAGAGUAUUGCAUAUUCCUUCAGCCAGAUGAUGACUGUCUCACCUGUUCACCUAACACGACAAACGAUCCAACGAACAUCAACGACAACGACGAGUCAACAGUAUGGGUAUCACAAAUAGGUCCAUCGUCAGCUCCAUCUGUCCUGCAGUUUGAUUUCGAGUCUGAGUUCCUCUUUGAGAGCACAUCAAUUGUAUUUGACUCUGUGAGGCCGCGGGCUAUGGUGCUAGAGUAUUCCAGAGAUGAGGGUGCAACAUGGGAAGUAUAUCGCUACUACUCCACGCGCUGUGUGGAAACAUUUGGACUAAAUGAUAUGUUUGUGGAUGAAGAUACUGUGUUUGAUACACUGGACCCCAUUUGUACGAGCAUUGAAUCGCUUUUUUUCCCUUUUACUGGAGGAACAGUGAAAUUCUCCACCUCUCAGCAUCUGUCUCCCAACAUUAGCGAGACUACAGCUACACGCUACAGAACCUUAACUAAUAUCAGGAUUCAGCUCCUAGGGUACUUCGAAGAGCUAGAGCUCAAUGGAAACAGAUUUGUGUAUUUUUCAAUAUCUGAGUGGUAUGUGAAGGGACAGUGCAUGUGCCAUGGUCACUCUGGUGUCUGUGUGCCUCAGCCUGGUGAAGAGUCGGUUGACAGUAAAGUUUACAGUGGGUGUGACUGUGAGCACAAUACAGCAGGGAAUAAAUGUGAAAUGUGUGCGACAGGUUUCAACAACAGACCCUGGAGAGCAGGCACAGCAACAAAUACCAACCCAUGUCAAGGAUGCAUAUGCAAUGAGCACGCAGAAGAUUGCCAGUUUAUUGCAGCUCGCUCAACAUCAGAAUGCAUUAACUGCUCUGAUAACACAGCAGGAGACAACUGUCAGGCAUGCCAGCCAGGUUACUUCCAAGACUUGGCUCUGCUGCUGAAUGAUCCUGUAAUUUGUAGAAACUGUGAGUGCAGUGCGCAGGGUGCAGUGAAUGACGUAUGUGACUCUCAAGGCCAAUGUUCCUGCAAGAGCAAUGUAGACUCUGACUCUUUGAAGUGCACACAGUGUCUAGAUGGAUAUUGGAACUUGACGCAGAACAAUGACAAUGGAUGUGAAAUUUGUGAUUGUGUGGUAGAGGGCACAGUAAUAUCCGGUGAUCUUCCUUUGUGUGACAAACUAACUGGAGAUUGUAUGUGUACUGAAAGCGCACAAGGGAGACAAUGUAAUCAAUGCAAGGCUGGUUUCUAUGACCUCUCAUCCGGUUGUCUUCCAUGUAAUUGCAAUCUUGGAGGCUCCGAAAUUCCUGUUUGUGACCAGAAUUCUCCUGUAGCCCAAUGUCCUUGCAAACCCAAUGUUGAAUCCAUCUUGUGCAAUACUCCCCUGCCAGGAUACUUUUUUAAGCCACUUGACAGCAUUGUGUUUGAGGCUGAAGAAGCUACCUUCCCAGAUCAAACCAGCACUUUCUUUCCACUUGAUGGUGAUGCGUUACCAUUCACUGGAAGAGGUUUUACCCGACCAGCAGUUUUUAGCGACAUCAGCUUCCAACUUUAUGUGCCUGAACGUACUCAGUAUGAGGUCAUCAUUAGAUAUCAGACAAUGGAAACAGUUGAGGGCCUCACUGUGACACUCUACAGUAAAAAUGGUGUCACACUUGAUCUGGACUGUGACGAAACGUCUACCCCUACAAAUGUGACAAGGUUUCAAGUAGCAGCUCUUCAGUCCAAUGAGUUAUUCUACAGAGCCUUCUCUGUAUGUCUAGACAGUUCCGUUGAGUAUCAGCUAUUGCUUGAGUAUACAACUUUUUUUCCAGUGGAAUGGCUGUUUGAUUCAAUUGUCCUUCUGCCUGAAUUUAGUGAGAUCAGUGCAUACUACCAAUCCCGCUCACCUGAAGAUCAAGUCAAUAUCAUUGAACAAUGCCUUCCUCGUGCUAUAACUACUCAGUUAGAUCCUCUCUGUGAGGAACCAUCAUUCUCCCUCUCAACAGAAUUUUUCGGACAAGUUUUCCAAUGUGACUGUGAUCCAGUGGGGACCAUAAACAACAUAACUUGCCUUGCAUUUGGGGGGUCCUGUGCUGCUUGCCAUCCUGGAGUGACUGGUGCCAGAUGUGACAACUGUAUGAAUGGGUGGUUCAAUUUCACGGCCGGUGGUUGUCAAGAGUGUGGUUGUGAUGGUCAAGGUGCCUCAAGCCCUGUGUGCAAUCAGGUCUCUGGCCAGUGUGACUGUUUCCCUGGUGCCACCACCAGAACAUGUGGUGAAUGCCUUCCUGGAUUUUUUAACCUCACUUCCAGUGGAUGUAGCCCAUGCCAAUGUUCUGAUUUUGCUCUCUCUCAGCAGUGUGAUAGCACUGGGCAGUGCUUAUGCCCUGAUGGGGUAGAAGGUCUCAAAUGCAAUGUUUGCCUUUCUGAAUUUUAUAACAUUUCAACCGAAGGAUGCCUACAGUGUCAGUGUGAUCCACUUGGUAGUGAGUCGACACAAUGUGAUGUAGCGACUGGCCAGUGUGUGUGUACUGGAAAUUCUGUGGGCUUGAACUGUAAUGAAUGCACAGAUGGUUCUUUUUUGACGAAAGGGGUGAUUCUAGAUAGAUGUGUUCAGUGUGUAUGUACCGGCAAAACCGAUGAGUGUGUGGUGAAUGAGAUAAACUUUAUACUUGGCUCGAUUCAAACUGAUUUCACUACUCUUUGUGCGACUGCACCAACUGAGUGUGCAAGUGGUUGGAGACUCCUGACUGAAAAUGGGCAACCAGCAGCUCCAUUUGGACCAAGUGAUGCAUCUGGACUAGGAUACAUUCUGCUGUUGAAUGACCAGCCUAUGAUAUUUGCUCCUGACAGCUUCCUUGUGAAUAGACUGGGAUCUUAUGGCCAAAUGUUUAACAUGGUGGUUAGAGUAGAAGAUGGACUACUCGGACCUGGAACAUUGCUUAUCAAUUCUACUAUUAUCAGGAUGGUUGGUGGUGUCACUGGAGAGGUUGUUGUGGGCGUGUUUCCACCACCUACCAUACAAGAUGAUACUUUUAGUCGACUACUCUAUUAUUCGAUUCCAAUCAUGGAAGAAUAUUGGCAUGUAGGAAGUAGAGAUGGACCUAACCCAAAUCAAUUGCAGUUCUUAGCUAUUUUGGCUGAUGUUGGACAACUUAGUACCAGUGCAGGCUUUACAGAGGAUCUUAUUGAGUUUGUCCACGUUGUCAAUGUAUCGCUGAUCUCCACAUUCUCAACUACUGAGCUGGCAGUAGCUGAUGUUGUGGUAAACACUCGAUCUUACCCAGUGGAAGAAUGCCUCUGCCCUGAUGGAUUCUCUGGUUCAUCUUGCCAAAAUUGUGAUAAUGGAUAUUUUAGGCCCUCAGGGGAUAUAAGGGAUACAUGUGUGAGGUGUGAAUGCAAUAAUCAAUCCCUGAAUUGUGACAUGUUCGGUGUGUGUCUCAACUGUACCGGAAAUUCUGAAGGGAGUAAUUGUGAACAAUGUGUCAGUGGUUACUACGGAGAUCCGACGAAGGGAAUCCCCUGCAGCAGAUGCUCCUGUCCCCUGGUGGAUAAUAGCUUUAGCGUAACUUGUUUCUUGGACAUUGAUAAUCAACAGACUUGUGACGCCUGCCAGCUGGGGUACAUAGGGAGAACAUGUGAGAUGUGUGGGGACGGCUACUUUGGAAAUCCGCUGGUUGGAUUCUGUAAUGAUUGCCAGUGCAAUGGUAAUGUGGAUCUAGCCCUUGGGCCUGUUUGCGAUACCACCACUGGUCGCUGUAUGAAUUGUCAAAACAACACUACGGGCUUCAACUGCGGAAUUUGUAGAUCUGGAUACUUUGGUGAUCCCACACUACAAGGACAAUCAUGCCAAGUUUGCCCAUGUGAUCCACGAGGAACAACGGGUGACUGUGAUUCGUUGUUUGGAAAAUGUUUCUGUGAACCUAAUGUGAUCGGUCAGCUGUGUGAUCAGUGUGCCGAUGGCUAUUGGGGUCUCUCACAAGGGCUGGGCUGUAUACCCUGUAACUGCUGCAACAACGGCUCUGUCAAUGCUACAUGCAACAAGGACUCUGGGGCCUGUGAUUGCCUGCCCAAUGUUGGAAGUUUUGAUGAUGAUGAAAAAUGCUGCACCUGCUCACCUGGCUAUUAUAAUUUCACUUCCUCAGCUGGUUGUGAGGAAUGCAACUGCAGUACACUAGCCACGUCCAAUGAGUGUGACUUGGUUACCGGUCGCUGUCAGUGUGUAGAUGGAGCUAUUGGAUUAAAGUGCAAUGAUUGUGCUUUUGGCUUUACUGGUCAAGUUCCUGACUGUAUACGUUGUCACGAGUGCUACUUUCAGUGGUACGACAACAUAACUGAUAUGGCCAACAGAAUAUUGGACCUUCGUGUUCGAGUAGACUCAUUCGUAACAAUCUACUACAAUGGUCAUACUCUGAGUACUAUUCAAACAGAACUUGGCACACUCACAAGUGUCCUGGAGAAUGCGAAUACCACCAUCAACUCUAUGACACUGGAAGAAAGUGAUGUUGCAAGACUGGAGGCAUCCCUUGCACAGGUCAAUGAGACUCUAAAUAGGUAUACGAUGGAUAUCAUCGACAUCCAGACAGCCCUCAAUAUGAGCGAGAUUAAUCUAGAUAGAGCAAAUGAAUUUGAUGGUACUGUCAACAUGUCUGAUGUUACUGAGCUACAAGAGCUCAUUCAUGACUAUAACGCUUCAAUACAUUUAAUCAUUGCUACGGCCAAUGAUUCGUUUGAUAUGCUUGUCACCGUUCGAGGGGAAAUUGUCAUCACAUGGGAGGAUCUGAAGAACUUUGAGAUUAUAGUUCAACAACUUGUGCUUAAUGUGAAUGUGUUGGAGCUAGAAGCAGAAAAUAUUGAAGCAGACUUGAUGGAGGUACAAACAACGUACAAUCUUUUACGAAUGAACUUGACGCACCUAGACACUCGAGCAAAUCAACUUAUUAACAAGCUAACUAGUUUAUCCAUAACAGUAAAUGCUGUAACAUUUGACCUUCGGUCUAAGAAUGAUAGGGUUUCAUCUUUAGCUACUCACGUUGAGAUGAAAUUGGAUCAGAUAAACCUUAGCCUAGUCCUCAGUAGCCAGCUCAAUCGGACUGUGAGAAGUGCAUUCAGUGCAGUGAUGGAUGCUAACGAGAAAGCCCGGGAGCUAUUGGUACAAACUGAGAGUGGCAUAGACCAAGCAAAUUCCACGCUCAGCAGUAUUCUCAGCUCCAUUCAGACUGUUAGUGAUAUCUUUGCCACGCUAGCAAUGUCCAAAAACACAAGCAGAGGUGUUCUGUCUGUACGUGGCUUCCCAUUGGAGCAGGCUCAACAGUUGGCUGAGUUGAUCGAUGGAACCAUCCUUCCUGAUGAAUUUGUUCAAGAAAUAAUAAAAAAUGCAUCAAACAGCCACAAAACUGCUGUCGAGGCUCUGACCAUCGCUGAGAAUGCACUAUCUGCAAUUUCGGACACCUUAACUAUUGUGAGCAACUUGAGGACUGAUCUUUACUGUUCACGAGAGCAACAACUGCAAGUUGCACGCAAUCUGACUCAACUUUGGGAAAAUAUAAAUGUGAAAGGAAGUGACCUACAACAGGUGAAUGAACAGUCGGAUAGCUUGUCAACAAUCAUUGAAGAAAUUGACCAAACACGUAUUACCACUGCAUUAUCCAUUGAAAGUGCUGAACAAUUGAUAUCUGACGGCCAUAUAGAGCUAAGUGACUUAUCUGAACAAGUUCAGUUAAUUGCUGACGAUACAGCAAUACACAUCCAGGGAGUGGAUGAUGCCGCGGAAACUUACACCCAAGAUUUACUUAGCGAAAUCGCAACUGCUCACAACAGUGCGUCUAAUUCCCUAACUACAGUACAAUCUCUCUACAAGCAAGCACAGAACAGCAGCACAGCUGCCAUGAAUGUUCCACUGCAACAGAUACAAGAUCUGCUCCAAAUGUAUGUGAGUGAAUCAAUCGAACUGAGUAGCCUUAGUGACAGGGUUAAUGCACUUCAAUUACGACUAGCUACCCUGACCUCAUCCAUUACAAGUGGAGCUAAUAGGCUGAACAACUGUUACAAGACCCCGUGAUAGAUGUACAUUUAUAUUUACAUUCCAUUAUUAUUAUUGUAAGCAUCAUUUGUAUCACUUCAUGCAUGUUCAACAGCGUGACAUGUUAUAGAUCUCUACUUCACAUAACUAUACAACUAUAGCUUUUUGUGUUAUUAUGGCAUUACAUGUACAGUAUAAUAUGCUGGUUGGAAUUGAA